UGCCGGCCCCGCCCCCGGCGUGGUGACGUUAACGCGCAGCAGCCGGUGGAGGGCACGAGGAGAAAUGUACAGCCGGUAUGGUCCGGGUCUGCGGGUGGGCUUUGUCAUCACCUUCAUCCUUAGCUUCCAGCUCGGACUCACCGCCGCUUUCCCUCAGCCCCGACCCGGUGAUGUGCGAUGUAGCGAGAAUGAAUUCCUCUGUCUGAACGGACGCUGUGUUUCUGCAGAGAUGCUGUGUAAUGGAAGGGAUGACUGCAAUGAUCAGAGUGAUGAGCGAAACUGUUCUGUAUCAGGAUGUGGACCUCAUGAGUUUCUUUGCAGCAACUCCACUGUCUGUAUCUCUAGAUACCAGCUCUGUGAUGAUCACCAGGACUGUACGUCAGGCACUGAUGAAUCUGAUGACCUUUGUGAAAAGAGAGCAGUGCAACCUGAAAGUUGUGGGGAGUUGGAGUUCCUGUGUGGUUCAGGCCAGUGCAUAGAGCUUCAGUCAGCUUGUGACAACUUUCCUGACUGCAGUGACAGUAGUGAUGAAGUCAAUUGUGAUCGGAAUGAGUGUUUGGAGGCAAAUGGACAUUGUUCACAUUAUUGCUGGGACCUGUCUUUAGGUUAUGAAUGUGCUUGUCCAACUGGAUUGGAGCUAAUAAAUCAUUUCAUAUGUGAAG